UUUCUAAACUUCUGCUUCAUUUUGAUUCCGAUUCCGAUCGUUGCGUAGGCAAGAAGACCUGCUCUCUAACCGUGCCAGUGACAGUGCGAGUGCGAGCGAGACACAAGCAAUACAGCUAUUUGCAACAGUGUGCGUGAGGUUUUGUCUGGCCGACCUGCGUGCGGCCGAGUGUGUGGGUGCAAUUGACCGAGGAGCAGGACAUUGGUCAAAGUAAAAACCAAGAACAACAGGAGAAAGAAAAGACGGAAAACUGAAAACGGACUCGCAAAUUCAACGGAAAAAGCGAGAAAUCAAAGUGCAAAACUGAACACCAAAAAGCAAAGAGAGGCAGAGCGAGAGACGCACACAAGAGAGCGCAUGCUGGGCGCCGCAGGAGAAGAAGAAGCAGCAGCAGCCGCCACAGCAGCAUAGUGAGAGUGAAGUAAAGUGGAGCAGGAGAGGAAACAGGGUGCUCAGAGGAGCCAUCAAAAACAACAAAGAAGCAGGCGUCUGAGAAGUCGUCGUUUUUAAUCUACCUCCAAACAAAAGCAAAACUAAUCUAGAAGCACAAUAACUUCAAAUCAAGAGAGUAGAGUCAUGACAUGAAAAUAACGAACAAGUAAAUAAAAAACAAUCAACAAUCAAAGUCAACACCAACGACAAACGGCAUUCACUGAAAACGCCAUCUACCGACGGCGAGCAAAAGUAGCAUCUGUCAGGCAGAGGAAAGGAAGACGAAGACACUGAUAAAGAGAAAUAGUGAGAGCCAGACCGAAGAGAGGAGCCCAACAAUUUUUGCUCCGCCGUAAGUGAAACACAAACAACAAAAGCCAACCGAACUGCGACUUUUGGCUUUCUUCGCUGCCCGCCGUCGUAGUAGUUACUGCUGCUACUGUCUCCCCGUCCCCUUGUCAUCGCAGCAGGAGAGAGCGGAGCGUGGAGAGCGGGGGAGCUAGCUCCCCGCGAACAUCAUCUCACCUUCGAUUGGACCAGAAAGUAAUCACAAUAACCAAGAAGCUAAACUCCGACCAGUUGCCUUUUUGCCCGCCACAAGAUGGCGUGCCUUAACACCCUGAAGCAGGAAAUCAAAACUCUGGAGAAGAUCUUUCCCAAGAACCACGAGCGCUUUCAGAUCCUCAAUUCCAGCGUUGACGAGCUCCUCUGCCGGUUCAUCGACAAGAACGGGAAGCGCUACGACAUCCAUGCCAACAUAACGGAAACGUAUCCCUCAUCGCCGCCAGUUUGGUUUGCCGAAAGCGAGGAGACGAGCGUCACAAAUGCCGUUCAAAUACUUAGCAAUACAAAUGGGCGGGAUAAUCACGUGAUUAAUCAGGUGGGCAUACUGCUGCGAGAGCUGUGCCGACUACACAACGUUCCACUGCCACCCGACAUCGAUAAUCUAGCGCUGCCGUUGCAAACGCCACCGCCAUCCGCUUCGCCACUGCGCUGCGAACAGAGACCCGGCGGUGGUGGAGCGGGGGGCGGCGUUGGCGGCGGAGGACAGCAUGGCGGCAAUGAGGAGACCGACUCGGACCAGGAGGACAUCGAGGAUCCCAUUGGCGAGAGCGAACAGGAGAGCGAAGGCGACGAGGAUUUGCCGCUGGAGAUGGAUGAUGUACGAAGUACAAACAAGAAGGACGAUAUGGAAGUGGAACACUUAGCGACCCUCGAAAGACUGCGUCAAAGUCAAAGACAAGACUAUUUAAAAGGUUCCGUUUCGGGUUCCGUGCAGGCAACCGAUCGAUUAAUGAAGGAACUGCGUGAUAUCUAUCGAUCGGACGCCUUCAAGAAGAACAUGUAUUCGAUUGAGCUCGUAAACGAAUCGAUCUACGAGUGGAAUAUACGCCUCAAGUCUGUCGAUCCGGACAGUCCCCUGCACAGUGAUCUGUUAAUGCUGAAGGAGAAGGAGGGCAAGGACAGCAUACUGCUCAAUAUAUUGUUCAAGGAGACGUAUCCCUUUGAGCCACCCUUUGUGCGGGUUGUUCAUCCGAUUAUCUCAGGUGGCUAUGUGCUCAUCGGCGGUGCCAUCUGUAUGGAACUGCUGACCAAACAGGGCUGGAGCUCAGCCUAUACCGUGGAGGCGGUGAUCAUGCAAAUAGCUGCCACUCUGGUCAAGGGCAAGGCGCGCAUCCAGUUCGGAGCCACCAAGGCGCUGAGCCAGGGCCAAUAUAGUUUGGCUCGGGCCCAGCAGAGUUUCAAGUCGCUGGUCCAGAUCCACGAGAAGAACGGAUGGUUCACGCCGCCCAAGGAGGAUGGCUAAGACCACUAGACGUUCCAGACGCACACUUUCCUUCAGAUUACAGCAAGCCACCACGCACCAGACACCCUUGCAUCCUUACACCCC